AUGGCUGCCAUAACCUCGUUCGGAAAUCUGUCUGUGAAGCUGCAAAGCAACGCCUUCAUUGGCCAGAGGCUUAGAAGUACUGCAGUUCCGACUUGUCAGGUAUCGCAUGGCCGGCCAGCGUCGUUGGCGGUGAGAGCUGAGGCAGCGGACGGCGAGCGGAAGAAGACGGGCGCCGAGCUGCGAGAGGAGUUCUUUUUGGCGGCCGCCACUGGCAAGGAGAGAGGUCUGCCCGAGGGCGCGUUUCUGAACGACAAUGUGGUGGACGGGCCCAUGGUGGACAUCACGUGGGAGCCGUACGGCGACACCUGCAGCGCGCCGGUGAGUGCUUACAACGCCACCUAUUUUUCGUUUCGUAGGGCGUUUGGCAAGGAGGGAGCGAGCGACAUUGACGGCACCGUCGCUAGCGUAUCGGACAACAGACGUCAGAUCCGAGAAAUUCUUGCCAGUUCCGCUUCACCUGACGCCGACGUGAGCGCGGGAAUGGGCGUGGGAGGGUGCGACUUCCUGCAGUCAGGCUGCGAAUCCGACUGUCCGAUAUGCGCAUCCGCGGGUGCAGGAGGGCGCUCGAGCGAUGUCGAGUCCCCGCCGUGCCUGAUUGGCCUCACCACCGCCGCUCAAUUCGCGCGCAAGGACGCCACGCUGCUUGCCAGGGGGUUCUGGUCGAUGGACUCGAGGGCGCGCGAGGACGUGGCGCUGCUGGGAUCCAAGUUCCUCACGCUCGACGCUCGGGCGCGCGAGGACGCGGGGGUGCUGGAUGCGCGCGCACGGCUGCGAGUCAGGCGCCUGCGACACCUGGCGCUGGGGUUGGAGGAGAGUGCGCGCGAGGAGCUGAGUCGGCAGGCCGCGCAGCACUGGCGAGAUGGCGCCCUCGCGGCGGAUCUGCGUCUUGCUGACAUGCGCAUGAGGCGGCGAGGGCUAGAAGACGUCUUCCUGGCUCUGCAGGUGGUGAAGAGCCUUCACUCCGCUAUAGUCACACUGCUUCGCCCCGACGUCCUCACCUCUACUGCCCCUUCCACGCCUGCUUCCACACCCUCCAACACUCCUGCUAACACCACAAGAAGAAGUAGCACUCCUCUGCACCCAUCGGCACCCCUUCAAGACAGUUCAGCUGCAUCCACCCCAUCCACCAGUCAAGCCUCCAUGCCACCGUCCUCCUCACAACCGCUUCCUGUAAUGGACUCUCAAAGUGAAGGUGCAGAAGGGAGUAGAGUGGAGGAGGAUGGGGAGCAGAGGAGGUCUGUGAGCACGAAUCCCCUUACGCCACGUCACCGGCAGCAUCCACUAUCCACACUGUCGUUCAAGACGCUUGCUGCACUUGACGAGCUGUACCGAGAGAUUGGCCCGCACUCCCUCGCACCAGUGGAGGGGGAGGAGGACGGGGAGGAGGAGGAGUGGGGAGUGCUGGGAGUGGGGGGCGACGACAGCACCACAGAGGAGCUGGGCUUCCUGUUGGCAGCGCUGGUUGACAUGGGCGAGGUGAGCAGCAGCUACGGCUUGGCUCUGCUGCACCGCUGCUGCGCCUCCCCCCACGCGGCGCUGCGCCUCACGGCUGUUGACGCCCUCUCCAGCACCCCCUCCCUCUCCGCCCUCGGGAAUGCCGGCUGCGCUGUGCUGCAGCGUGCAGCGGCGCGCCGGCGGAGCGAGCGACGGUGGUGCGCGGAUUGGGUUGGGACGCGGGGAGGCAUGGCGGACGACGAGGUGGUGGAGGUGCGCGGAGCGGAGGGCGAUGAGCAGGGCGAGGUGAGGGACGGCGCAAGCGAUUACGAGGACUACGGCGACGAUGACGUGGAUGAUGACGUGGAUGAGGAGGAGGACGAGGCGGAGGAGGAGGAGGUGGAGGAGGACACGCAAGGGGGGGUUGAGGAGGAGGAGGAGGUGCUGUCCGAGGCGGACAUAGUGCGGAAGCAGGCGCGGCUGGUGCGCGAGAUCGUGAGCUUCCUCAACGUCUCCGAGUCCGCCGCCGCGCUGCUGCUGCGCUCCUUCAAGUGGAGCGUCAACCGCGUCACCGACGCGUGGUUUUCGGACGAGGAGGGGGUGCGCAAGCGCCUGGGGAUCUUUGCGCCCGCCUCCCCGCGGGAAGCGUCAUCCUCCGCGGCUGUCCCCGCUACAGUGCGCUGCGGUAUCUGCUUCGACGACCAUCCCCUCGAAUCGACGGUCGUGAUGGCGCUGUGCGGCCAGCACCGCUACUGCGUGCCCUGCUGGCAGACCUACGUGGCAUCCGCCAUUGCUGACGGGGCGGGGUGCCUGUCGCUGCGCUGCCCUGCGCCCAAGUGCGGCGCAGCAGUGGAGGAUGCGCGCAUCCUCGCGCUCCUCGCGGACGCUGCUGCGCCCGCCCAAGGGGACGCGCUGGGGGAGGGGCGGGGGGAAGCGGGGGCGGAAGGGGACAUGUGCGCCCAGGAGAAGGGGAAAGGGAAGGAAGUGGAGAAUGACAGGGGAGGCGAUACAGCAGGAGCAGCAGCAACAGCAGCAGGAGAAGGAGGAGCAGCAGGGGCAGAAGUCAGUUCACGUGAGGCUGCAGCCCCUGCAGCUGGUGGUGCGUGUGGCGCUGCUGGUUCGUCCCAGAGUGUCGGGCGCGGGGGCAAGGCGCGGAGGGUCAAGGGCGCGCCCGCUGCGCCCCUGCCUGCCGCAGGUGAGCCCGGAGGCAGGGAGGCUGUGGGCUGUGCCUCGGGCGCACAUGGCACAGCAGCAGCAGCGGCGGCGGACGCAGCAGUGCACUCAGCAGCAGCAGGGGGGGCAACGGCAGCAGCAAUAGGCGGAGCAGCAGCAGCAGGGGGAGCGGGAGAUGAGGGCAGCGGAGCAGCUUUUCCGUGCGGGGCGGGGGUGGCGGCAGCAGCGGCGCAGCGGUACCGGCGGUACCAGCUGCGGUCGUUCGUGGAGGCGAGUGAGAGCGUCAAGUGGUGCCCCUCGCCCGGCUGUGACUUCGCCAUCCACUCCGAAGGGGGCGCGCCCACCCCCCGCAACCUGCCAGGCGCGGGCGCGCGCGGGGGGAAGCUGAAGGGGGUGAUGGCGGAGGAGGAGGAGGAGGGGGGCGGGGGGGGCGGGGCGGUGUGGGGCGGGAGCAGGAGCCGGGACGUGCGGUGUGCGUGUGGGCACGAGUGGUGCUGGCACUGCCUGCAGGAGCCCCACCGCCCUGUGGACUGUGAACUCGUGCGCAAAUGGGUCGUCAAAAACAGGUCCGUGACCCAUCCUGCCACUGGUGCUGCUGGGGGCACUGGUGCGGAGUCGGAGAACAUGAAGUGGAUUCUGGCGAACAGCAAGGCGUGUCCGCGGUGCCAGCGGCCCAUCGAGAAGAACCAUGGGUGCAUGCACAUGACGUGCUCGGCGCCGUGCCGCCACGAGUUCUGUUGGCUGUGCCUGGGCGACUGGAAGGAGCACGGUGAGGGCACCGGGGGCUUCUACGCCUGCAACCGCUACGAGACCAGCAAGAAGAAGGGCGAGUACAACGUGGAGGAGGAGCGGCGGCAGCGAGCGCGGCAGUCACUGGAGCGGUAUCUGCACUACUUUGAACGCUGGGCCAGCAAUGAACAGUCGUGGCGCCGCGCCCAGGAGAGCCUCAAAGAGGUGGAGCAGCAUCAGGCGGAGCAGCUGAGAGGGCUGAUGGGGCUGCCAGCGGCGCAGAUGAAGUUUCUAUCGGAGGCGUGGCAGCAGAUCAUAGCGUGUCGCCGCAUGCUCAAGUGGACCUACGCCUAUGGCUUCUACCUCUCCGACCACCAGCCCGCCCGCCGCAACCUCUUCGAGUACCUCCAGGUCUGUCGGUCCCAGGGCCAGGCGGAUGCGGCGUUGGGGUGGCUGCACAAGGCAGCGGAGAAGGACGUGGAGGCGUUUGUGCCGUCCCACUUCAAGGGCUCCUUCGAUGCCCACGCCGCGCCCUCCCCCGCCGCGCUCUCCCCGCAGCACCGCCUCUCUGAGUUCCUCGCCUUCCGCUCCCACCUCACGCGCCUCACCGCCGUCACCCGCACCUUCUUCCAUAACCUGGUCACCGCGCUUGAAUCCGGGCUCUCGGAGAUUCCCGAGGACGUGCCGAAAGGGGAGGGGGAUGCAGGGGUGGGGUCGAGCAAGGGUGGGGGAGGAGCAGAGGGCGGGGAGGGCGAGGAGGGGAGGAAGAGGCGGCGGAGUGGCAGUGGAGUGAACCAUGUGCAUUUCGCUGAUGGGGGGGUGGUGGGGGAUGGGCGCGGGGAGGCGAGGAUGCGCGUGGAUGGGGGGAUGGCGGGAGGGGUGAGCCUUGGUGUGGCACAAGGCGUGGUGGUGCAAGGGCAAGGGCAAGGGCAGGGGCAGGGGCAGGGGCAGGUGGUGGGUGGGGGAGGCGCAGCAGGGGAGGGGGAGUACUGGUCGUGCAUGCACUGCACGUAUGGCAACCCCACCAGCGCUGGCAGCACUGUGUGUCGCAUGUGCCACCUGCCCCGCCACCCCCGCUGA